AUGGAUACAGGGAGAUCAUCCAGUCGUUCUGAAGACUUUGAGAAGCGUGAGGGACAUCCACUCGAGACAAUUACCAGUAAAACGCCAGUCAACGAGAGCGAUGAACAACAUGCUGUCGCUAACCCAGGCCCGGGGCCUGAGGUUCAUCAACAGAUGAACCCGCGAUUGUUCAUGACACUUACGUGCAUGUCAUUUCUCUUCAUUGGCUCUCAAAUUGCGCUCUACCUCUACGGCUCCGUCUUCUCACUCAUUACUGCAGACAUUGGUGGAGCAGACCGAUACAUCUGGCUGGUCAUCGGAUACCUUAUUCCCAAUGCCGCUCUCUGUCCGUUCGUGGGCGCCUUGUCGGAUCUCUACGGGCGACAGAAGGUAGCCAUCGCUGGUCAAAUCUUCCUCAUUAUCGGCCCCAUCAUUACGUCAACCGCGAAUACUAUGAACAUCGCCAUUGCUGGACAGGUAUUUUCUGGUGUCGGUGCAGGCCUCAAUGAACUCAUUGCUCUCGCCGGUACUGGGGAAGUUGUUCCUAUCAAGGACCGCAGUUUUUACGUCGGCUGUGUCAUUUUGACCAUGAUUCCCUUUCUGCCAUGUUCCUUGUACGCCCACUGGAUUUCCGAGGCAGCCAGCUGGCGCUACAACGGCAUCUUCAUCGGUGUUUGGAACUUCAUCGGCCUGGUUCUCUGCAUCCUCUUCUACAAGGACCCGUCUCGUAUUACCGACACCUACACUAGACGUGAUGUUCUCCGCAAGGUCGACUUCAUUGGCGGUUUCCUGAGUACCGCCGGCGUCACUCUCUUCAUGAUGGGCCUGCAGUGGUCUUCUCUACAGUACAAGUGGGGCAGUGCGCACAACGUUGCCCCCUUCACCAUCGGCCUGAUUUUCAUUAUCGCAUUCUUCAUCUGGGAGUUCAAGGCACCGUACCCCAUGUGCCCACGCGAGCUGUUCAGCAAAUCGAAGCGCACCACAAUCUCUAUCCUUCUCAUCACUUUCUUCAGCGGUGGAAACUACUUUGUCAUGUUGCUCCUAUGGCCUAGUGAGCUGACCGCUGUAUGGGGUGGUGACGAGAAAACAAUCGGUAUCCGAACUCUUCCCGUCGGUUUCUGCAUCAUUGGCGGCGCAGCCAUAUGUCUAGGCCUGAUCAUUGCCACCAAGGGCCGUAUCAGGGAAUUGAUGAUCUUCUUCACGGCCCUGAUGACUGCAGCUACCGGUGCCAUGUCCAUCGGUCGGCCCGAUAAUAUCAACGAAACCCUUGUCGUCGUCUCAUUCGCGUGCUUGGGCGUCGGUGGCAUUUUGAUUCCCACGUCCAUCAUCGCGCAAACAAUCGUUCCAGACGAGUAUAUCGCGACAAUUACAGCCAUCACGCUCAGUAUCCGUUUCGUCGGCGGUGCAAUCGGUUUCUCAAUCUACACCAACGUCCUAACGCACAAGACGACCGAGUACUUCACGAAAUACGUCGCCAUCGAUACGCUCGUUACCAAGUCUAUUGUCAAUUUCCUGAACCCUGAUGGCCAGGCCACGAUUGCAGCAAUCGCAUCAGCACUCGGCAACUCGCGGUUCGCAGAGGUAAAGCACAUUUUGGCUACCAGCCCGUCCGUCAUUAACAGGGAGGCCUACCCCGAGAUUCUCGCCGCCACACAGAAGUCGUGGGCCCUGGCUUACCGGUACCCAUACUGGAUCUCCAUUGCCUUUGGUGGAGUCUGCUUUAUCUCCAGUUUCUUCAUUGCCGAUGUUAGGCCGAUGAUGAUGACAAAGAGGGUCACCAACCCGCUCAAGCUGAGUAGAUGA